CUCCUCAUCUUCAUUCAGUUGUGGUGCAUGAAGGAGAAAGUGCCAGUCUUUGUGUUCAUGUUUAAUCCUCUUCAAACGGUCGUAGUCGCAGUUCUAGUAUACUUCGUCUUCGGUGAAAAACUAUACACGGGCAGCAUACUAGGUGGAGUCACUGUAUCAUUGGCUUAUACUUGCUGUUGGGGCAAAGAAAAAGCUGAAUCUUACACCAAGAGCCAAGAGCUGCCGUCGACUCAUUCCAUCGAGUUUACGGUAGCCAACAAGGAGGAGAUAGCAUCAGCACUAAAAGUGGAACCAUGAAGGAACAUCAGAGAAUAUAUCAGAAUUGGCGUUUAGGAAAAUAAAGAUUGAUUUUUCAAUGAUGAUCGCAAAUAGUAUUAGGAAUCAGUGUUCUGUGGGGUUGAGUCUGUCAACAAUAUCUGUAAACCAAUCAAUUUCUGCUAUAAAUGAACGGUAUUUAACUUAUUAAUCUACUUCUCCAACUUGCU